CAAAUGUUGCUUAGAACUUGUUUAGCCACAAAACGCUUACGGAACAUGUUUCAAGUGGUUGCUGGCAACAGCAACAUAUCAGCAUGUUGGCAACGCGCAUUGUGGCCAAAGGAAAAAACCUUACACACUCUCGGACUUACACAUACACUUGCCUCCAUGUUGCUGUUACCUAUUUUGCAAUGUUUGUGUUUUGCUAAAGUUUUCCACCACUUUUCUCACAGUAAUUUUCUUGCUUUGCUCAGCCGUCGAACAGCUGCUGAUGUGCAACGCAGAGAGCGCUGCUAUCUAUACAGCUGUUUCGUGCCGCAAAGCCUGCAGCAUAUCAAUGAAGCAAACGCAAUGACGCCGCCAAAGAACACACGAGAUUUGGUCGAAGCAAAACACACAAAAGCGCACACUUUCAAGCGCAUUCGUGCAUUCGACUUAUUGUUGGCUUUGCAUAGGCCGGCAAAUAUGGGACGUCAAGCAGCGCGCAGUCGCCGCAGUGGCGUUGAUGUCGGCGGCGCGGCCGGUGGUCGUGUUGCUGCCACUCACUGUCACGGUCGCUGAGGCGGACGCCAAAGCUUCCAGCAGCUCGGGCGUUGUUGGGUUUCAUCAGUACAAUUUGUGCGUUCGGCGUGUGCGGUUGCGAAUUCGAGUGGUCUCGGCUAACCAAGCAGUAAAGUGGCUUUAGUGAACAGUAACUACAAGUUGUUGUAAGCGACGCGGCAGUUGUGUUUUCGUAGUUUUGUUAUUGCCUUUUAAUCAGCGCAAUGCAAAGUUGGCUUUCGUUGCACGCUUUACGCUGACACACAUAAACACACGAACCAGCGCUUCAACGGAGCUUAAUUGUGUACGCGUAUUGCCUCAUUUAUUUGUGUUAGUUUGCGCCUUUUUUCGGUCAUUUAUCGGUAUUUCGGCCGACUUUGGUGACACAGUGUACUUAGUGCGGCUGCUGUUCGUGUUGCAUGCAACAUUUGCCGGUUUGGCUUUAUUCAGUCAUUCAGCGACUGCCAUUAGUGCAUGAAAUCGUGCGCGCGUGUGUGCUCGCGUGUUGUGAUAGCGCUUAGCGUUUCUGGCUACGGUGCACAGCUAGUGAAGCGCGGUGCAGCGGCAAGCGUGCGAGGUGUUGAAUUCGUGUUCGCGACAUAUUUUUUCCUCCACCUAUAGUGUUUCCAUAUUCAUUGCUGUGUGUUUCGAUUUGUCACCGCAUGUUUGUUGAUUUUGGUUUUAUUGGCUCAGAGCGAUUUUUUAUGGCAACAAAGGUCGUUUACUUUUCGGCAUUGCAGCAGCCGCUGGUGGAGCUGUUGAUUCGCAUUCACUUUCGAUUUCUAGCUAAUAAACUGUUUGAUUAAGUUUCCUGAGCAAAUUUAGAGGCUUGAAGACAUUAAAUGAAACAUAAAAUGAAGAAAAAUAAAGUGAAUGAAAUAAAAUUGAUUAAAAUAAAGUUAAUGAAAACGCGUUAAAUUAAAUAAUAUCAGUUGAAUGAAACUAAAUUAACUUAAAUCCAAUAGAAAAACUCAGAAACUUGAAAUGAAAUAAAUGUAUAUAAAAAAUAUAUUUAUAAAAAGUAAUACUAAUAAACAAAAAAAGAAUUAAAUAUGUUAGUUAAUUUAUUUAUAUUUAAAGUAAUACAGCGACUCAAAAAAUUAUGGCUAUUGCUUAUAUUAAUAUGCCAAUUUAAUAGUAAUAUGCUUACAAUUUUACAACAAUUUCACAAGCAAUAUUACAUUAUCACCUAAUAUAAUUAAAAUAAAAGCCGUUCACAGGUGAAUUUCUUAUAGCAAAAAAGGGUAUAAGAAAGUAUGUAUCUUAAUUUUGAUCGAUAAAAUUGUACGGCAGCUAUAUGCUAUAGUGGUCCGAUCUAAGCAAUAUGUUCGAAGAUUUUAGCACUGUCUUAGGCAAUAAUCUAUACCAAAUUUCGUAAAGAUAUCUCUUCAAAUAAAACAGUUUUCCAUAUAAGGAACGUGUGUAAAAUUUCAGCAUGAUUGCUCAAAAACUGAAGUAUUAGUUCGGGUUUAUACAUGCGACAUAGCUAAAUCGAGUCAGCUCGCCACGCUGAUCAUUGAGAUUUUAUUUUCCUUACGAGAAUUUUUAGUUUUCUCAAAUAAAUAUUUAUAUCUCAGAAUUUCAUUCAUUAAAACAAACACUUGAAUGUUCUCUCAUUUGCAAAAUAAAAAAAAAAAAAAAGAAAAGGCAUCGAUAAAGAAUCGCAAAUAUUCCAAAAACGCAGCCGUCUGCCACCCACCUGAAUGUCAUUUGCCUAAUAUUUAUCGCUGUCGCUUUCUGGGUGCAUGUGAGUCGCAGCAUGUGACAAGGUGAAUAACAAUAACACGCAAACAAACGCACAAAUAAGGCGCUGGCGAAUAGUGAGAACGUAAAAGAAAAACAACAACAACAAUAUGUGAGUAGCAGCAAAUAACUGCCAAAGGCGUGAAAAUACAUAAAUAAAUGCAAUAAGAAAUCAAAACAAAGAAAUUGCAAUAAAUAAAUAAAAUUACAACAACAAUAUGUGAGUAGCAGCUAAUAACUGCCAAAGGCGUGAAAAUACAUAAAUAAAUGCAAUAAGAAAUCAAAACAAAGAAAUUGCAAUAAAUAAAUAAAAUUACAAAUUACAAAUUAAAAAAAAAAAUAAAAUAAAAACAAAGCGAAAAAAACGAAAAAUCGCAAAAAACGUGUGGCCAUAAUUUCGGUAGUUUAUUGUGUGCGGGAUUCUUUGGCGACCCCGUUUCAUUGUUGUACCAAUUACUGUUGUAAUUGUUGCUGUGCUGGCACAAUUUUACGGCCCGCUUGUUAUUCGUGUUGUUGUGCGGUAUUUACGCGUGAAUUUUCGAAAGUGGUUGACCUCAGCAAGUGGCAAGGGGGCGUGCUGACUGCAGCGGUGACAACAACAAACAAGCAGCAAAAGCAUCGCACCAGUGCAACGGCAAGUCAACAACAGCCAAGCGAGCAGCAAAAGCACACGCAAAUCAACGGCGGAAAGUUUCCAAUCAACCGAAGCGUUACCCUUACAACUUAGACACAAAUGACAUUUGUUCACUCAAAUGACAAACAGCGAAGAACUUAAAUACUUUUCCAUAGAACAUCUGUAAAGAAGUAGAAAUAAAUAAAAGCAGCAAAAUGACAAGUUGGUCGUAAACCCUCUGCACGGCAUCGAUUACACUCGAACAAUACUAUCUCCUCUAACUGUCACUAAUCAGCGCUGUUGUUGUCUGUUCAUAGCUGGCGGCAUUCGCCAGCAUAGUUUUGUCAUCAUGUAUGCGAAAUGUGUUGCACACACGACUGUCAUUAAAUGACAAAUGUUUGGCAGCAUCAAUCAGUGGCGUAUCGAAAAGCAACAACAACAGGAACAACAAAGUCAACUGCCAACACUACAAAAAGCACAUAAAAACGCGAAGAGAGAGAGACAGACUCAGACUAGGAGAUCGCGUUGUGUGCGGUGCGGUCGGAUAGCGCUCUGCAAGUGUACUGGUAACGGCAUGGCCAUUAGCCGGGGGCGCGGCAAUCGCAUGCACUCUUGGUUUCUUCUCAAAGAUUCGGUGAUAUUCGUGUUAGUUUUGUGCGUGCUACAGUUGCUGCAGGCAUAUGCGCUAAGUAAACUAGUGAUAAGCGCGGAGAUGUUACAAGCUGCCCAAAGUGGUGGCGUAAAUGAGCGACGACCAGAUAAUAAUGCCACCGUAGACCGUAAGGAACUAGGCGCCGUAGAACGCGCUAUGACAGAGUUUGUAGAGACAUUACUGCUUGGUCAACAAUCGGCGGGAGAAACCAAAGAAGCGACUGAGAAGCUUGCUACUGCCAGUAACAGUAUUAGUAUGAGUCAGAAGAGUAGUGAGAUUAGCAAUAGGGAUAGGAUUAGUAACAAUAGUUUAAGUAAUGGUAGUAAUCACAACACAACCACCACAUCAGAUAAGUCAGCGCCGAUUGACGCGCAUAAAUCAAGUGAUAAGCGAGUUGGUAAGCCACAAGCCGCACAUGAAAGCGAUACACGAAAGCUGAGCAACAUCGCAAAUAUACACAACAACACACAGCGUAUGCUUGCGGUGAACGCCGCUGCCGCCACAGCCUUCGACGACAGCAAGCCUCAUCUCGAUGGCGGUGCAAAUGCCACUGACAGCAAGCAAAUACAGCGCGCGGUCGUCAACAUACCCGAGCAGAUACGUGAGAAUGUCGUAUUAUCAUCCGUCGAUCCGGAAAAGGAGGCGCAGUUGUUGUACGAGCAAACUUUGCUGGAGUAUCAUGGCAGCAUACAGGCGGCCGCAGCGGCAAGUAGUUCACCAUCAGCCGUCAUAGCUGAUAAGCCAACGACGGGGGAGAAUGGGCGUACGUCACUACUGGAAGGCGCUACCGCAGAGCGGCAACCACGCACUCUGCACAGCGUAUGCGAAGUAUGGACGCAGAAGCAUUGCCAUUGCACCGGCACUCUGGAGCGGCUAUCACUGAGUUGUCGUGGUAUCGGCGUUGUUGCGGUGCCGGUGGAGCUGCCAGACACCGUUGUAACAUUAGAUUUGGGCAACAACAACAUAACUAGAUUUGAGGCUAAUACAUUUUUUAUGGUAUCGAACCUCGAAGAACUAACUUUAGCCGACAAUAGCAUCAUUAAUAUUGAUCCGAAUGCAUUUUAUGGACUUGGUAAAUUAAAACGUUUGAAUUUACAAAAUUGUGGCCUUAAAUCUUUGCCGGCGCACACAUUUCAAGGAUUGAAGAAUUUAGUUUCACUCCAGCUGAACGGCAACGCCUUAGCCAGCAUGGACACGGACAGCCUGCAGCAUCUGCCCAAGCUACGCACGCUGCGGCUUGAGGGAAAUCUGUUCUAUCGGAUACCGACAAACGCUUUGGCUGGAUUAAAGACACUCGAAGCACUAAAUCUUGGCAGUAACCUUCUGACAAUAAUUAACGAUGACGACUUCCCACAUAUGCCAAAUUUAGUGGUGCUUCUUUUAAAGCGAAAUCAAAUAAUGAAGAUCUCCUCGAGUGCAUUUGCGAAUCUGACGGCGUUAAAAGUGUUAGAAUUGGAUGACAAUUUGAUCAACAGCCUACCAGAGGGAUUGAACAAACUAACGCAUUUGCAAGAACUAUCAGUUACCAGCAAUCGCUUGCGUUGGAUAAAUGAAACGGAUUUGCCGAGAAAUUUACAAACGAUUGAUUUUCGUGCGAAUCCCCUUUCCAUAAUCAUGCUGAAAGCGCUGCGUGGCAUGACGAGAUUGCGAAAAUUAAUUCUUUCCGAUGUGCGUUCACUUAAGGUUUUUCCCGACCUCGAAGGCUGCUUCUCGUUGGAGGUUAUAAAACUAGAUCGCGCCGGUAUCAAAGAAGUACCAGCCAAUUUGUGUCGUCAAACACCAAGACUGAAAAGCUUAGAGCUAAAAACGAAUUCCUUAGUGCGCAUUCCCAAUUUAGCCAAUUGCAGAGAAUUAAGACUGUUAGAUCUUUCGAGUAAUUACAUUGAAUCUCUUAGUGGGCGACCCUUCGCCGGCCUUAAACAACUCCAUGAUUUGGUGCUCUCAUACAAUCGCAUAAAAGCGAUACCUUACGAUGCCUUCUUUGGCAUACCACGGUUACAGUUGUUAGACCUAGAAGGCAACGAGAUCACCGUUAUACACAAAGAAGCCUUUAUGCCUUUCGCCAAGUUGGAAGACCUAAAUUUGGGCAAUAAUAUUUUCCCCGAGUUACCGUCGGCUGGUCUAAGCAAACUGCUGCAUUUAAAGACUUUCAACAAUCCGAAGCUGCGCGAGUUCCCAGCGCCCGACACCUUUCCACGCAUUCAAACGCUCAUACUUUCGUACGCUUACCAUUGCUGCCCCUUCAUACCGUUAGUGGCGAUGUCGGCAGCCAAGAAACCGCCACUUGUACAAGAAGCGGUGCUCUUUCCAUCCGAUUCGGAGUUCGACAUGAGCUUGUGGAACAAUAGCAUGAUGGAUAUUUGGCCGCAGCUGCAAAAUCUCAGCAAAAAGUUUGGCAACCAAAUGCACGACAUUUGGGAUAAUUUCGGGCAAGACUUUAACUACCCCGGUAAUAUUCCAACUUAUGUCGAGGAAUACUUCGAGGAAGACGGCACAGGCACUACGACGAGCUCAAUGGGCAUGACCGGCAGCAGUUUUGCCGGUUUCAGUAAUGGUCUCUUCGGCACAAUGGACAUCGACGUAGCACCAGGCUCCAUACAAUGUCUACCCAUGCCGGGUCCGUUUUUGCCCUGCUCCGAUCUAUUCGAUUGGUGGACUUUGCGCUGUGGCAUUUGGGUUGUUUAUCUACUGGCAUUGCUAGGUAACGGUACUGUCAUUAUAGUGCUGUUGUUUUCACGUUCCAAAAUGGACGUGCCGCGAUUUCUGGUGUGCAAUUUGGCUGCCGCAGAUUUCUUAAUGGGCAUUUACCUCGGCACACUAGCCAUUGUAGACGCUGGCACAUUGGGGGAGUUUCGCAAGUUCGCCAUUCCCUGGCAGAUGUCGCGCACGUGCCAGUUUUCUGGUUUCAUGGCAGUGCUGUCAUCAGAAUUGUCGGUUUACACGCUAGCGGUGAUUACCUUAGAACGUAAUUAUGCGAUAACCCACGCGAUACACCUCAAUAAGCGUCUAUCGCUGCAUCAAGCCUCAUACAUCAUGGCUGCGGGUUGGACCUUUGCGCUAAUCAUGGCCACUUUACCGUUGUUGGGCGUGUCAGAUUAUCGAAAGUUUGCCGUGUGUCUACCAUUUGAGACCACAACCGGCGUGGCUAGUUUAACCUAUGUCAUUGCGUUGAUGUUCAUUAACGGUUGUGCUUUCUUGACGCUUAUGGGCUGCUAUUUGAAAAUGUACUGGGCAAUACGUGGCUCACAGGCCUGGAAUAGUAAUGACUCACGCAUAGCUAAACGAAUGGCACUUCUUGUUUUUACCGAUUUUCUUUGUUGGUCUCCCAUAGCUUUCUUUUCUAUCACUGCCAUAUUUGGCCUGCAACUAAUCACAUUAGAGCAAGCCAAGAUAUUUACAGUAUUCGUGCUGCCAUUAAAUUCAUGCUGCAAUCCAUUUCUCUAUGCCAUUAUGACGAAACAAUUCAAGAAGGAUUGCAUAACCCUGUGCAAACACUUUGAAGAGACGCGUGUUACCCGCGGUGCUGUUGCCGCUAACACAGCACUAGCCGGUGGUCUAAGCCGGCGUGGCGGUGUGCGCAUGCCGAAAGAACUCCCGCCCUUGUUGCCUGCCGCACAUCCACCCGGUUGUCGUUGCUUGCGCAUGAUGCCCAAUGAAAUGCCAAAUUGGCACAAAUUACAGAAGCGCGAUCAAAGGCAUGACUCGUGGAUAUGCAUUACUUGGCAUCGUUUAGCAAUCUGUUGUCAUUGCACCGAUCCGGACGAUGAUGACGAUGAUGAUGUAUUGACACCAGAGAGACGCCGUCUCGACGGACGCCGAACACGUAAAACGAACAAAUCGAAUCAUCGCCACGCGCGUACACAUUCGCACAAUGCCAAUACCGAACCGUACCUUUAUCAGUUCGCUGAGUUGAAGCAGAAACAGAAGCAGACACGCGCCAGCUCGAUAUCUAGUGAGAAUUUCUGUUCGUCACGUUCAUCUAGUUGGCGCAAUGGACCACCAUCGGCAGGCACGCUACCGCACACUUGCAACAUACCACUCAAAAUGAUGGAUCCGAAUCGUCGAAGACAUUCGGCGUGGCUGAUUACACGAAAAACAUCGCAAGACUCGAAUUUGUCGAGCUCCCGCAAUGACAGCUCAGCUUCAGCCACAACGGCUAGUACAUCCACGUUCCGACUGUCGCGUUCAAGUGCGGGCAGUACGACGCCACUACCAUCAAUUAUGGCGCACAGCAGCAAAUCACAGCAACAGCAACUGCAGCAACAUUCGACAAUACCCUCCAAGCCACGCCUUGUGCGUCAAGAGGCAGUGCAAGAGGAGGAAGACUCAUCGCCACCACGUCUUGGUGUUCGUUUUCUGCCAACCAUACCAUCAGCAGCCGAUAGUUCCAUUGUCAUGGAAGAUGGCGAUUCAGCCAUGAAUGUCGCCAGCGUUAUGGGCAUGCCGCUACCGGGCGCAGCAAGCGGCUUCUACACUGUACUACAGGCGCAGAGCGGCGGCGCCGCAAAAACAGUACUCACCACCGCGACGAGCCCACCCAAAGAGGAACAUCCGCCAUGACACUGCUUCGUGUGCAGAAGCGAGAAUAAACACAAAUCGGAACCACCAAAAAGUGAUAACAAUGUUAAACGUUGUAUUAGUGAGGCAUUUCUUUGACGCUUUUAUUGCGUGUACUAACCAUGUAAUACAUAUAAAAGUAGUUACCAUUAUUUAUAAAUUAUAUAUUGUAUUGAUUAAGUGCAACAAUUACAAAAACAUGUAGGUAGUCAAUUUGAACAGUAGCCGUUAGAAAUGCGUGUUUGUAUGUUUGUACGUAUAUAUUUAGCCCUAAGCUGCAUAAAAAAUUAAUCAGGUUUAUCGCUUGAAUUACACAAGAUGUUUGUAUCUAUGUAUAUAUGUAAUGCUGAGCACUUAACAUGACUUAACUGACUAAGCUCCGCUACCUGUUGAGCCAACAUAAGACCUUUUUUUGCACACUAUUUUGAAAACAUCAUCCCCUCAGCAGAUUCGUAUUCUUACUUCAAUUCACCCUUUCCCCUUUUGUGUACUUAUAUGGUUAAAGUGCACUUCUCCUGUGAAGUUGUCGUCCAAUAUUAAAGCUUUAAUUAGAAUUUAAUCGAUUUUUAAUUUGUUUUUUAUUUAUUCAAAAUAUGCAAAAAUAAUAAUAAUUUCCAACAAUUUUCGAGUAUACAUAUGUAUAUUUUAACCAUACCAUAUACAAUAUAUGCAGCAAUGUUAUAUAUUAUUUACUCAGAUCAACGAGGGAGAGAUACUCGAAAGCUUACUAAGCAUCACUUGUUGUAACUUUUAUGAUGAAAUCCGCUAACCUACGCUUAUGAAAUUCUUUGCUCGCUACCUUUGAAAAAAGUUUUCAAAUCUUUUUUUAUUUAAAAUAUCGGUAUUAAUGUAAUAUAUAGUUUUAUCUGCUGUGUGCUUUUAUUAAUGUAUAUAGCUGUAAGUCUAAAGUGAUAGUAUUUCUAAGAAAUACUAAAUAAGAAAUACUCAUAAGCAAGUCUAGGUAUAUAAAAACACGAAUUAAAUGAAAAAAAUAUAUAUGCAAAUAUAUAUUAAUGUGUAU